CCCGACUCCCCGGUCCGUGAUGGUAUCUCUCGGUGUUUCUCCCCGUGUCUCCCGCCGCCUUCGGCCCUCUCGGCUGCUGCUGGCUGCCCUCCUCGCUUCUCUGGGUGGCCCGGGCUCCGGAUAUUUCCCGGAGGAGCGUUGGACCGAGGAGUCCCGGCUGCUCCGGCCCCGGGUCCAGAUCAGCAUCAUCGCCCGGAACAGCGCGCACAGUCUGCCCGCUUUCCUCGGCCUCGUCGAGCGGCUCUCGUACCCCAAGGAUAGGCUGUGUCUGUGGGUAGCGACAGACCACAAUGUGGAUAACACCACGGCAAUACUAAGGGAAUGGCUGGUGAACGUACAGGGACUGUACCAUUCUGUUGAAUGGAGACCUAUGGAUGAGCCCAAAUCAUACUUUGAUGAAAUGGGGCCUAAGCAUUGGUCUGACUCUCGCUAUGAGCAUGUGAUGAAGCUGAGGCAAGCAGCACUGAAUGCAGCCAAGGAUCGAUGGGCUGAUUAUGUUUUGUUUGUAGAUGCAGACAACUUCCUGAUCAACCCUGACAUCUUAAACCUCCUCAUAGCAGAGAACAAAACAGUCGUGGCUCCCAUGUUGGACUCACGCUCUGCAUAUUCCAAUUUCUGGUGUGGAAUGACUGCCGAGGGUUAUUACAAACGGACCCCGGCCUACGUGCCCAUACGGAAACGGGACCGGCUGGGCUGCUUCCCAGUCGUCAUGGUCCACUCCACGAUGCUGAUCGACCUUCGUAAAGAGGCCUCUAAGCAACUGGCAUUUUACCCUCCACACCCAGACUACACCUGGUCAUUUGACGACAUCAUUGUCUUUGCUUUCUCAUGUCGACAAGCGGAGGUGCAGAUGUAUAUCUGUAAUAAAGAGCAGUAUGGGUUCCUGCAGGUGCCACUGAAAUCGACCAGCACAAUGCAGGAUGAGGUGGAUAGCUUCAUUCACGUCCAUUUGGAGGUUAUGGUGAACCACGCUCCCGUGGAGCCUUCCAGAUACCUGUCUGUGGCACCAAAGUACCCGGAUAAGAUGGGCUUCGAUGAGAUUUUUCUGAUCAACUUGAAGCGCCGCCCAGAUAGGAGAAUGCGAAUGGUUGAUUCUCUGUACGAGCAGGAGAUUGCGUGCAAAGUGAUUGAUGCUGUUGAUGGAAGAGCCUUCAACAACACCCAGGUAAAGGCCCUUGGCAUCACCAUGCUGCCAGAUUAUAAAGACCCUUACUCAGGCCGACCCUUGACCAAGGGGGAGAUGGGCUGUUUUCUCAGUCACUACAAUGUCUGGAAUGAGAUAGUCGAACGAGGAUUGCAGACCUCUGUGGUCUUUGAAGAUGAUCUACGGUUUGAGAUCUUCUUCAAGCGAAGACUGAAAUAUUUGAUGAAGGAAGUGGAGAAGGCUGCACUUGAUUGGGAUCUGAUCUACAUUGGCCGAAAGCGGAUGCAAGUGGAUCACCCAGAGAAGCCGGUGCCGGGGGUCCGGAAUUUGGUGGAGGCGGAUUACUCCUAUUGGACUCUAGGUUAUGUUCUCUCACUGCAAGGGGCACAGAAGCUCAUCGAUGCCAAGCCAUUCAACAAGAUGUUACCUGUGGAUGAAUUUCUGCCUGUGAUGUAUGACAAGCACCCAGUGUCAGAGUACAUGGAUCACUUUGAGAACCGUGACCUGAGGGCUUUCUCUGUGGAGCCGCUCCUUAUCUACCCCACGCAUUACACUGGUGACCCAGGCUACGUGAGCGACACGGAGACCUCCACGGUCUGGGACAACGAGAACCUGAAGACGGACUGGGACCGUGCCAAGUCGCAGAAGACCAAGGAGCAGGCAAAAAUCCGGGAAGCGGCACAGAAUCUGGAUGUGUCGCACUCUCCCAUUGACUCCGCCUCUAGAGAUGAGCUGUGACCCACUGGUUUGUAGCAGUUUUCAAUGACAGAUUGUGGGCGGGGUGUCUAAAAUAAACGGAGACGGGGGUAUGACCCAUGCUUGAAUGAGUUAAAAUGACCUUUGGACCCCAGCUGCACUCAGUACAGUCCCUCACUCUGGUUUUCAGGGUGACUGGGGCUGAGCAGUCGUGCUGACUAACUGUUAACUGUUGAUUAACUUUGCAAUGUGUCUCAAUGUAUAUUAAUAGUUAGUACUACACCAUCCACCUCAAAAGGACUGAAUACCUCACAGGGGCCACUGCUACGAGCCAGUUGCAUGUUUCCAUGUGCUGUAAUUUAGCAGGGUAGGUCUGCAAUGUGGGCAGCAACGUCGUUUGUGUCAACAGCCUUUCGUACGCUCGGCCAACUAUUCAGUUGUGUUAGGGGAUGCCGAUUAGGGAGUGUAUCAUGGGCUUCUGGCUCAAUACCACCCUCUGUGCUGCUGGCCGUCAGGUGUGUUUCUUCUCUGCUAUCUCGAUAUUCUGUUUAAACUCCAAAUUUAAUGCAAUAUCAUAAAAUGUAGUUUUUGUUACAGUUAUUUCACCCUUUAAUCUUGUCAUUUGCAGGUGGAUCUUCCUCUCCCUGAGUUUGACCUUUGGGUUUUCGCUCCUUACACCUUUGUAAUUGCCUAGAGAUCCCAUUGUCCUCUAUGAGAGUAACAUGUUAGGUUACUGUAGCCCCAGGAGCAGGCAUUCUGGGGAAUGUGUUGAUGAGGUCAUUAGCCAGAUAUCUUGUUCUUUAAGCCACCACCUUCACCACGGUAGGCUUGGCCCAAUUGUGGAGAAUCUCACAUGAAGGUUUUGUAUGAAUAUGAACUCGGUGGCCUGAUGCUGCGAUUAUGGCCUAAAAUAAAUGGAAGUGAGGUGCCAAUCAGCUAUUGUCUAUUUUACUGAUGAUGUAACAGAUUUAAGGGCCUGAUGGUUUCCUCGAGAUCCUUGGACAUAACGAGGAACACAGCCCUGAUGAAGGGUGCCGACCUGAAACGUUGACUUUCCAGCUCCUCUGUUGCCUGACCUGCUGUGUUCCUCCAGCUCCACAUCUUGCUGACUCCUCCAGUUCCUUUGCUCUCCAGACUUGGUUCAUCAACGUGGUUAGAUGGUUAUCAGCAUGGCUUACAGUGGAUAGAAAUGCAGAGAAUGCCCUUAACAUUGUUCAUAAACUGGGAUUAGGCCCUGCUCAAAGAUCUUGGAUUCCACUUUGGUUUUCAGGUUCAUUUUUGUAUCCUGGAUGAGAAUAGAGAAAAUGUAUAACAAAAAUGCAGAGAGGUGUUUGAGUCCUAGCCCAUUCAGUAUUUUACACUUCUAAAGUCAAAACCGCUACAGGAGGUUGUGUAGCCAACGGGUAGCUGCAUAUCCUUUCAACAACAGUGUCUGCUACAUCUAUUAUAAAUCUCUUGAAUUUGUGCCAGGUGGAGAUGCCAAGACUUUCAGAUUCCUGGAUCCAACUGCUGUUUAAGUUUAAUGCACUUCCUUGUCACCAUGGGGAUAACAGAUGGCCAGAGCAUGAGUCAGUUUUACAUCUGUUCCUCUUUUUCCGCCCAUCCCAGAUCUCCUAAAUUAAGCAUUUUCUUUUCCACUGGAACAGUCUAGACUAUAGGCCCAUAAUUACUCAGCCAUUGUGUCUCGGAAAGAUUGACAGUCUCAGUCUAGGUAAAACACUACACGCUGCUUGAAUAUGACAAGUUACUGCCAGCUCAGGGAAUGUCCCAUGACCCCAGACCUGAAAGAUCUGUUUGGGUCAUUUAGCUAGUCAUAAAGGUCAGGAAACCCAUUCCACACUAUUGCCCUCUUGUACUCCUCAUUACCUUUUUUUGUAGCUGCGUAGCUCAGCGCAUUUCUGAAUUUUCUGUUGAGAUUUGCCUUUCUUUUCUAUCUCUUUCUCUCUUUCUUUCUCUGUGUCCCUCCCCCCUCUCCCCUCUCCUCUCUCCCCCCCUUCCCCCUUCUCUCCCCCCUCUUCCCCCCCCUCCCCUCCCCUCUCCCUCCCCCCCUGCCCCACUUUGAUCUAUUCUUUAUAUUUGCUUUGUACACUGUGAAGCAUUUUAAUCCCAACUGUUUAUCUUUUACUUUCUCGGGUCUAGUCCAUCUCCCCACCGCUCUCUGGUCAGUUGUAAUGCUUUCGUAUUAUAUUCCAUCUCUUCUGGGUCAUUGGAACAGUGCUUCCUUAGCCGCUUCCCACUGUGACCCCAUUCCCAUACUCAAAUUAUUUUGGUGCCCUCAGUGAAAACUGGGAGAGGAGCAGCCAGGCUUGGUCCACAGAGACAUUUAGAAUCUGGGUUGUUUGCUGCUCCAACAUUUUAACUCUUAGCCCUACUCAGGGCCCCAAGCCCCACUUUGGGAAGCCCUGCCUUUAGACUCUCCCCCCACCCCAUGUUUUCCCACAGUGUAACCCAGCAGUACCUGCUGAAGUCACAGAGUGGGAACUGAAUCCAAAACCAUCUGUCUCCAGGACGAAAGCCUGAUCAACUGAACCAACGGUGAAGUCAUUUGCAAUAAUGGAUAAAGUUUAACAUUUAGAAUUUCCAUGGGAUAUCCCAUGGUUGAAGAUGAUCCUCUAAAACUCCCAUUGUUAUGAUGGACUAUGGAUUACAUUGGAUUAGAUGGUGCAGAAAUAGGCCAUUUGGCCCAACCAGCCCAUGCUGAGAGAGUUCCUGUGGAAGUUCACCCUCCUGACCCAUGAACACAGCGGCAGUCGAUCUUUGUUGCAAAACUAAACAGUACAAGGUGCUGAUAAGUGUUCGAACUCAGGCAGCUGAUGAAAUGAAAACAGAAAUUUUUGGAAAAGCUGAGCAGGUCUGGCAGCAUCUCUGAAGAAAAGUCGGUUAAUGUUCUGGCUCUGGUGACCCUUCCUCAGAAUGUUAACUCUGAUUUUUCUUCACAGUUGCUGCCAGACCUUGUUGAGGUUUUCCAGCAACUUCUGCUUUUGUUCCUGAUUCACUGCAUCUGCUGUCCUUUUGGUUUUUACCUGAUGGAAUAACUCCAGAAGUUCCAGAAAUGGGUGGUCUUUAUCAUGUCAGAUGGGGUCUUGCUGCCCCCUAAUCUCCCCCCCCCCCCCCCCCCCCCCCCGACAUGUAUAAAGCCUAGCGGACUGCACAUCACCAUGUGAGCUGAGCUGUACUGACAGGUACUCAUGGUCACCUCCCUGCUAUCCAACCCUCGGGGAACCCAGCACACGAUGUAUUGGAAGUGUGCUGGGAAGCAGCAGCACUCUCGGCUGACAUUUCAAAAGAGAACCAGAACCAACAGCCUUCGUCCAUUCCCUUCACCUUCUCAGACUUGAGCACGCACACAGUGAGAUGAAGCAAGACUCUUGUUGAAGACAUGGUAUUUUGAUCUGAGUCUUGGGGUUUUAUUUUACUUUUCCAUGCUCAGCCUCUGUCGCUGGAAUGCCGUGUAUCUCUAACUCUGACUGGGCAUGCUAUCUGAGGUGCAUUCAAAACAGCAGUGUGGGGUUUGGAAAGCCAUGUUGCACUCGUUAGGUGCCCUGGACCUUUUUCAACAUCUUCUGUCAUAGAACACGUGUUUGCAGUUGAUUUUAAUCUCCCUGUUUUUAUCUACCUCAGAGCUCCUCCUUCUGAGUCCUCUGGCCCUUCUGUCUUGGUGCUGCAAACCUGCCUUAAGCUGUGUUGGAUUUAUGAGUAUUGAUUGUAAUCAGAAACUCUGGUGCUGCCAGCCUGUGUCAUUCCACUCUCAUUCGCUUUCCCACACUGACAUUCUUCCUUUUUUCUUUUGAGUCCUCUGCCCAAAGACACUUCCAUUAGAAGGAUAGAGAUUCUGAAUCUACCCCGAGUGGAACAGAGAUCAAACCCCGUGCCAUUGGCAUCAUUCAAAUCUACAAAGAACAUCAAUCAACUGAACCCAUCCUGUCCUACGUAGCCGGGCAACUGAGUUGUAGGAUGGUAGGAUGAUGGUGGUGCUCCAAAUUCUCUGCUUCCCUUACUGCCUUUUGGCUUGUGCCUGAAGAAUUUUCAGUUCAAUACUCCACCUGUUUAGCCACAUCAUGAGCUCCCCUUGCUUCACCGUCAACCCCUGGCCACUCUAACCUUGGUGGCAGGGACACGCUCAACUGCGACACCGGACCUCUUCCUCUGCUAUCGCUUUUCCAAAUAAAGUGCCUGUUGCUUCCUACUGUGCAGCAAUGGGACUACAGCCCAGCGAGGGUCACUACUUUCAAGAGAGGAAGGGUGGGGGAGAACUGAGGAGUGACACUUUCUACAGCUGCCUUCCCUGACUGAGAGUCCACCAGUGCCUUCCCAAAUCAACUCCUCUGCUCCCUGUUAUUCUCCCAUCUGUAACUUGAUAAAAGUCAAUCAUUGAUCAGCUUUGAUGCUAUAAUAUCAACGACAUGUCUGAGGUUUCAAACUACCUGAUGUUUAGUUGCAGCCAAUUGUACAAUAGAGAAUUUUCAAAAAUAUUUUCUUGCACAUGGAAAAAGGAAGGGUUUUUUAUAAAAUGGACAAGGCUGCCAGCGAUGAACACCAGGUCUGACUAUGUGAUGGCAGAUUUACCCCGACACUACCAGUAUCCUAACAAUGCCUAGGAAAUUUUCAAUUUUUUAAUAUUUCACAAUUUACUUUUAUAACUGUUUUCUUUGCAAUUUACAAUAAAGGUUUUAUACAAA